AUGGGUGGUGCUGUGGUUAGCACUGUCGCCUCACAGCAAGAAGGUCGUGGGUUCAAACGUAUCAUUAUAAUCACAGACGGAGUGACUAGUGUUCCGGAUGUAGCUGUGUGUGAAACACUGCUGAACCAGCUCAGGAGUGGAACCAUUGCCUGCUCCUUUGUGCAGGUUGGUGGUGCGUACUCCUACGACUGCAGCUUUGGCUACAUCCCCAAUGUAGAGCUGAUGAAGUUCAUCUCAUUAGCUACAUUUGGUUCAUACCUGCCCAGCUGUCCUGAAGUGGACGUGAACAACCAGGAGAUGAAUGUGUACCACAAGGCCUUCUUAACCUACUCCUUCCUUAAGACCCCGGAGUCUAUGAACUCAGAGUACUUCUGUGUUUCCCAGCACAAACUGUUCAAUGAGCACCUGGUGUCAGCCAGCGGUAACCCCGCCCUGGUCAUGAGGAGGAAGAAGCACACAGAGAAGGAAGUCCAUGCCCAUUUAAUCAGCGUGGUGUCUGUGCGACUGAGAGAGGGCUACACAAUCAGAGAGAUCAGCCUCACUAAAGGUGGGACUCAGCUGGAGGUGAAGCUGGUGCUUUUAUGGAAACACAACAUGCAUAUCGAGUACCUGGCAGCCGCCUCCUGGCCUUUGGACCCCACCAAGAGAACCACCAGGGUGGAGGUGACCAUGGAAGGAAGCUAUGACAUCCUGCAUGACAUUAGCUGCACCCAGAGGAAACCCAUCACCAGUCCGUACCGUACCUCCGUCAUCCGACGCUUCUGGAACACACUACAGAGCAUCAACCAGACUGAUCAGAUGUUGGUGCACCUCCAGUCAUUUAAUUCCAUUCCUGAGAACUACAUGAUUCCUGAGAGCACCAAAAACGGAGUUCCUCUGUUCUACAUCCCUCCGGCUCCACUACUCCG